AUGGAGGCCAGCAGGAAGCUCACUGGCAGACAAAGGCAAGUCCUUUAUUUCUUUUUCCUAUUAGGGUUAUGUCUGGCGAGUGCAGGGGAACUGAAGCGCUAUUCUGUGGUUGAGGAAAGGGAGGGUAGGUCCUUUGUAACCAAUUUAGUAAAUGACCUAGGUCUUGGGCAGAUGGAGCUCUCCAGACGAGGGGCUAAGGUCAUUUCUAAAGGGAACAAACUACAUUUGCAGCUGGAUCGGGAGACAGGAGAUUUGCUCUUAACUGAGAAAGUGGACCGGGAGGAACUGUGUGGGCACACGGAGCCAUGCCUGCUACGUUUCCAAGUGUUGCUAGACAAUCCCUUAGAGAUUUUUCAAGCUGAGCUAGAAGUAACAGACAUAAAUGACCACUCUCCAGCAUUCGUGGACAAAGAAAUCUUGCUAAAGAUAUCAGAAAGCAGUCUUCCUGGGACUAUAUUUCCUCUGAAGAAUGCUCAGGACAUGGAUGUAGGCCAAAAUGGUAUUGAUAACUACCAUAUCAGUUCCAAUUCCUACUUUCAUGUGCUCACUCGAAAACGCAGCGAUGGCAAGAAAUAUCCUGAGCUGGUUCUAGACAGAGCUCUGGAUAGAGAGGAGGAAGCUGAGCUCAAGUUAAUCCUCACAGCUCAGGAUGGCGGCUCGCCACCUAGGUCUGGCAUCACUGAGGUCCACAUUGAAGUCCUGGACAUCAAUGACAAUGCUCCCCAGUUUGAACAGCUUUUUUACAGGGUACAGAUCCCAGAGGAUAGUCCAAUAGGCUUUCUGGUCGUCACCAUUUCCGCUACGGAUAAGGACAUAGGAGUCCAUGGGGAGAUCUCCUAUUCACUUUUCCAGGCGUCAGAUGACAUCAGCAAAACCUUUUCGAUCCACCCCUUGACUGGGGAGGUGCGACUGAGAGAGCAACUUGAUUUUGAAAAGACUCAGUUCUAUGAAGUCAAUGUUGAGGCCAGGGACACUGGAACCUUUUCUGGAAAAUGCACGAUUCUGACCCAAGUCAUGGAUGUGAAUGACCAUGCUCCAGAGAUUAUCCUGUCUGCAUUUACCAACCCCAUCCCUGAGAAUUUGCCAGAAACUAUGGUGGCAGUGUUUAGUGUAUCUGAUCUAGAUUCAGGAGAAAACGGCAAAACAAGUUGUUCCAUUCAGGACGAUCUACCUUUCUUCCUAAAGCCUUCUGGAGAAAACUUUUACACACUAUUAACACAGAACGCACUUGACAGAGAGACUACGGCAGAAUACAACAUCACCAUCAGUGUUGCAGACAUGGGGAGUCCCAUACUGAGAACACAAGUCAAUAUAACAGUGCAGGUCUCAGACAUCAACGACAACGCCCCCGCCUUCACUCAAACCUCCUACACACUCUUUGUUCAAGAGAACAACAGCCCCGCCCUGCACAUAGGCACCAUCAGCGCCACAGACUCAGACUCAGGCUCCAAUGCCCACAUCACCUACUCGCUGAUGCCCACUCACGACCCGCAGCUGGAUCUCUCCUCGCUCAUCUCCAUCAACGCCGACAAUGGGCAGCUGUUCGCGCUCAGGGCGCUGGACUACGAGGCCCUGAAGACCUUCGAGUUUCAUGUGGGAGCCACGGACCAAGGCUCGCCCGCCCUCAGUAGCCAGGCGCUGGUGCGCGUGCUGGUGCUGGACGCCAACGACAAUGCGCCCUUCGUGCUCUACCCGCUGCAGAAUGCCUCUGCGCCCUACACAGAGCUGCUGCCCAGAGCGGCUGAACCUGGCUAUCUGGUCACCAAGGUGGUGGCUGUGGACCGCGACUCGGGACAGAAUGCCUGGCUGUCAUUCCAGCUGCUGAAGGCCACGGAGCCCGGACUGUUCAGCGUGUGGGCUCACAAUGGCGAGGUGCGCACCUCCAGGCUGCUGAGUGAGCGCGAUGCGCCCAAGCACAGGCUACUGCUGCUGGUCAAGGACAAUGGCGAUCCUCCGCGGUCUGCCAGUGUCACUCUGCAGGUGCUGCUGGUGGAUGGCUUCUCUCAGCCCUUCCUGCCUCUACCGGAGGUGGCGCGCGACCCCGCCCAAGAUGAGGAUGAGCUCACGCUGUACCUGGUUAUUGCCUUGGCAUCUGUGUCUUCUCUCUUCCUCUUGUCUGUUCUGCUGUUUGUGGGUAUGAGGCUGUGCAAGAGGGCCAGAGCGUCCUCUCUGGGUGGCUGCUCUGUGCCUGAAGGACACUUUCCUGCCCACCUGGUGGAUGUCAGCGGGGCAGGGACCCUGUCCCAGAACUACCAGUAUGAGGUGUGUCUGACAGGGGACUCUGGAACUGAUGAGUUCAAAUUCCUGAAACCAAUUUUACCUAAUUUCCAAGACCAUCCUCUUGGACCAGAAAUGGGUGAAAAUUCCGACUCUAGAAACGACUGGGGUUUCGGCAUUCAGUUAAAAUAGCUUCUUUUUUUUUUUUAUCAUGUGUAGUGUGUUGUUGUUAGCUCAAACUACUAUUUUUGAUGUGCCCAUCGUGAACAUUUGAAGCCUGCCGAAAGCUUGUUUGCAGCAUAUUCCAGCCAUCGUUUUAGUGAGGCUGUCUCAUCUUUAAUCCAGACCGAAGAUGAAAUGUUCUAAUCUUGUCUUUCUAACGUGUCUCUUUUCGUACAAAUCUUGCUGUGGGAUAGCUUAGGAAUGUACAAGAAAGGAAGUGGAAAAUCCUUUCAGCCCAAUCCAACGCAGCUCAGUGUGUGUGCUCUUCCCAGUUGUUAGCCAUCGAGUACACAAUACACAGCAUUGCUCGGAUGCAAGGAGAUCUAAUCAGAAAUGGGAACGAAGGGGCACUGAGGGGCCUGGCUUUUGCUUUAUUCGGCCUCCACUGGACUAACUUUGAUGUUGGUGUUGUUGUUAAAAAAUGUUCCCUAGCUGCAUGUCUCUUCAUUAGCCUGUUGUUGCUUUUAAUAUCACUGUCUUAAACUGCUUUCUGCUGCGUUUUGUUGGUACGGAGGAGGAUUCAGAAAGCCUUCCCCUAUUUUCCUGGUAAGCUGAAAUAGUGUGGCUGUAAAAUUGGCUUUUCUCUUCUGAGAAAUAUUUGUGCAUACCAAUAUUUACUCUUUUCCCCUUUAGUUUUUGCAUUUUGUUUUUGUGUUUGUUUGUUUAUUUGUUUGUCUGAGACAGAGUUUCUCUGUGUAACAGUCCUGGUUGUCCUGGAACUCAAUUUGUAGACCAAGUUGAGUACCACUGAUAUUUCAAUCUCCAAGAACACUAUUAAAGGGAGAUGUCUCAUGUGAAACUUGAUUUUCACCUUUUUGACCUGAAAUGUGAUUCUCAACCUGUGGGUCUCUAUCCCUCUGGGGUCACAUAUCAGAUAUCUUGCCUACCAGAUACUUACAUUAAUAUUUACAACAGUAGCAAUAUUACAGUUAUGAAGUAGCCGCAAAAUAAUUUUAUGGGUGAGGGACACCACAACAUAAGGAACUGUAAAGGGUCACAGCAUUAUUAGAAGGUUGAGAACCACUGCUUUACCACUGUGUCCUCCCUGGGAUGUGUACAGUGUGCUGAGUGCACAGAUCACCCUGGAGGAUCUGGGAUAGCAAUGGAGGGCUAAAAUAGUGGGGGAUGAGCUUAAAAGAGACAGCAUCCCUGGUGACUAAGGAGUUGUCACAUCAUUCCCUGUGCUGCCCAUUUCUGAUUAUAUGUAGGUGUGUCUGCAUGCGGGUAUGCACAUAUGAGUGCAAGUACGCUCAGAGGACAGAGGCAUUGGAUCCCUUUGAUCUGGAGCACAGAAGGCUCUGAGCUGCCUGUCCUAGAUUUUGAAGACCAAACUCAGGUCCUCUGCAAAAGCAACAAGUACUCUCAACCACAGAGCAGUCUCUCCAGACCUUACUUUCAUUAUAUUUUAAAUAUUUUCCCAAACCCUAUGUGGGUUACAAUUAUUCCUGUGUGUGUGUGUGUGUGUGUGUGUGUAGCAAUAUCACUUGUUGUCAAAUGAAGAUACAUAAAAAUCAUUAUAACAAGAGUUUAGGUUUCAUUGGCUUGAGGAACCCAACUAACAACUUCUAGAGCCCUUAGCAAAACAAUGAAUUAAUAAGGGUAUCAAGGAUAUCAAUGUCUAUGUGGUACUGAAGUUCAAAUCCUGAGUCUCGUGCAUGUUAAAUGUGCUCUAUCACUGAACUUCCUGCCCUGCCCUUCGUGAAUUUUCACUGCAAUUCAAUUCAAACUAUAAGAACAGAAAAUCUAAAUAAAAGAAUACAAAGAUAAUCCAAACUUUCAAUAUAGAAUUUAAACUCUAUUUUUAAAUUUAAAUAGAAUUUAAUAUAAGUUUAAAUCUAUUUUAAACUCUCAGUAUUGUUAUUAAAAGAUGAACAAUUCAAUUAAACAAAGACCAGAAUAGAUAUUUUCUGAAAAAGAUAUACCAAUGAUUAGG